GUACUUACUAUUUAGAAGAAAGGAAACAGGAAAGAAUCGUCAACGCCUGUGUACCGGCUAAUUGUCAACAUGCCUAUUUUUAAUGGAAAAAAAGAAGAAAACUUGGCAGGAAAGAAACUGAAAUUGCUUCCUUCAGAUCUGCUUCAGAAUGGCCAGGAUGUGGACAAGGUAGACCUACAGAAGAACAGACUUAAGAACGUUACUGGCAUCUCUCAAUUGUCAAACCUGACAGAGCUCAAUCUGUGCCGAAAUGAGCUUACUGAAUUUCCUCAGGAGAUUAGCAAGCUACAGCAGUUGGUCACACUGUACAUGAAUCAGAACAAUAUCAAGAGCAUACCUGAUAAUAUAUUCCCAUCUUUGAAGAAACUGAAGUUUUUAAAGAUGAGCACUAACAAGCUUAGGCAAUUACCAUCAGACAUGAACAGGUGUGAAAACCUUAUCUAUCUAAACCUGUCCAACAAUUGUCUGAGGGAUGUGCAGCCUCUGGUGGGUCUUGGUCGACUAAAUGAGCUCUACGUGGAGAACAACCGUCUGACAGAACUUCCACAUGCUCUCUUUCAGUCCCAGAAUUUGGAAAAAUUCAAAGCAAACAGAAACCCACUUAGAAAGCCUCCUGAAGCAAUUUGUGAAGGUGGUUUGAAGGGCAUUCAAAGCUACUUUGAGAUGUUAGAAAAGAGUUCAUUCACUAUUCGAACCAUUAAAACAAUGUUCCUGGGGUCCUCCAUGGCCGGGAAAUCCACUGUGUGUCGCAGUCUGAGGCAAGGUUGCCCUGUAGAGGUGGCUGAAGACGAUCGCACUGUGGGUAUUGAAAUUCAACAAGUCCACAAUGCAGAUGGAGUUCACUUCGUCUUUUGGGACUUUGCAGGACAAGAGGAGUACUACUUCACUCAUCACGUCUUCAUAACGCCCCAGGCCUUUGUCAUUCUUGCUGUUGAUCUUUCCGAGUAUGAUGCUGAGUCUUUCAGAGAGAAAGUGGGCUUCUGGAUCAGCAAUAUACAGCUCAAGGUCCCAAAUGCAGUGGUCUUGUUAUUGGGCACUCAUGUUGACUGCUGCUCUGAUAAGAUGGAGGUGCAAGACAAGAGGAAAGACAUUGAGGAGAGGGUGAAUCAGAUGCUGUUAGAGCAAAAAGAAAGCUUAGAGCAGCAAAGAAGAAACCUUGAGGAAUUAGAGGACCCUUCGCUGGUCUGUGAACAAAUGAGUGUUAUCGAGCGACUUGAAGAAAACAAAUUGCAGGUCCUUGAAUUUAUUGCCAUUGACUGCAAAAACUCUGAGGACAUCAAUAGGUUACAACUCUAUAUCAACAAAGUGGUCUUAGAUACAGACACAUUUCCUUUCAUGGAACAAACACUACCACAAUGCUACCAGGAUGUGGAAAAUGCUAUUCAGGCCCACUUGGAUAGUGGCAACAUACCUCAACAUGGAAUAGUGACUCACGGGGACAUCCUGGCACACCUGAAAACUACUCACAAUGAAUUAGACCUUGAUAAGCUGACGGGUAUUCUUGAGUACCUGCACAGAACUGGAAUUAUUUUGUGGUACAGAGACUUGAAUGACAUGGUGUUCCUUAAGCCAUCAUUCCUUAUCUCAUUGUUCAAGGCCAUUGUCAGACAUGAUUUGGCCAGUAUGCUGAAAAAGAUUUCCAGGAGAGAUCUGAUGAGAGAGAACUCUCUUGAGAAGCACAGAGACACAUGGAUUGAGGACUUUGCGAAAAGAGCUAUUCUGAGCAAUGUGGCUAUAAGAAUCUUGGUGCAUGCAGAACUCAGCCUGUCAGGUGUUAAUGAUGAAGAGCUGAUUGAGGAGAUAGUUGGGACCAAGAAGAAGGCCGGGAAUCUUAUGAGGCUGCUGCAGCACUUUGAUGUUUGUCUACCAACCAAAGAAAGUGCUCCACUCAAUCCUACAGCCCCAGAGUUUUGUCCAAACAAAAAAUGGGAGCCUUCAAACCCUGGUGUGUAUGAACCAAAUGGAGCCUGUCUAUUCCCAAGUUUCCUUCAGAGAGACAAUCAGGAUGUAAUGAAGAUGUGGGGACAGGACAACCUGGAAGACAUCAUUGUCCAAGUUUACUUCCUCCCUGAAAUACCUCAUGGAUUCUUCCAUAGGCUGGUAAUCAGGAUAUGCUCGAUUUACUCCACCUACUGGAUCGGGAAAGAGCAGUGUCUUUUCACCUGUGGAAACAGACGUCUCCUGGUCAGAGAGCAAGCUAGCACUGGGGAUCAGUUCACUGAGAUCCGGGGCAAACACAGCGAUAUGUCCACCUCAGUAGAUAUCCAAAAGGCUUGGGACAUGAUAAAGGUGGUGAUGAUGCGGCUGGCGCACCUCACGCAGCAGUGGAGAGGCGUGUGCCAGUACGUGCACAGCCCAUGUAAACACAAAGGCUGCAAAGCUUACUUCGAAUGGGCGGACUGGCAAGACUGGAUUGAGCCUUACGCAUGUGAAAAAUUUAACAUGGAUCCAGAGGAAAAAAUGACUUGUCGUGAAGGACACACUCGCAGAACUGAACUGCUGUUUCCUGCUAGAAGCUGUGUAGGAACUGACUAAGUUCUAAAGAACUGACAUCUGAGAAAUGGCACCUGCCUCAAACCCAGCUGUUGUCACUCUCUUCUGGAAAAAAAAUAUCAUAAUUAAUAAUAAGUACAAUGAAAGCAAUCUUUAUAUAUAUGUGUGAGGGUUGGCGGUUCGAUUCCCGGCCCACAUGACUCCACAUGCCCAAGUCUGGUCUGUACUUAUAUAGUACCUUAGCAGUUCUACAAAGCGCUUUACACUGUAUCUCAUUCACACACACACUCACACACCAAUGGUUGCAGAGCUGCCAUGGGGUUCAGUGUCUUGCCCAAAGACACUGAACCCCAUGGCAGCUCAUGUGGAGUCAUGUGGGCUGGGAAUCAAACCGCCAUAUAUAUAUAUAUACCUUCCACUAAUAUUUGCACCCUUGUUAAAUAUGAGCAAAGAAGGCUGUGAAACAUUGUCUUUAUUGUUCAAUUGUUUUGAUCUUUUGUUCACAAAAGAUUCACAAAAAAUAUUCACAAAAAUAAUCUGCUCUCAUGGAUAUCAAACAAUUGCAAACAUAACACGGGUUUAUGCAAAAAAAAAAUAUAUAUGUACAUCUUUAAUAUGCAACAAUUAUUGGCACCCCUAUGAAUUCAUAUGAGAAAAAUGUAUUUGAAGUAUAUUCCCAUUGAUAUUUAUUUAUUUUAUUUUUUUUGUAAUACAUCUGGGUGACUAGGAACAGGAACUUGUUCAACCAUGACUUCCUGUUUCACAGGGGUAUAAAUAUGAGGUUACACAUAGGCCAAAUUCCCUUAGUCAUUCAUAACAAUGGGUAAGAUCAAGGAAUAUAGCUGUGAUGUGCGGCAAAAGGUUGUUGAGCUUCACAAAAUGGGAAGUGUCUAUAAGAAAAUAGCACAAGCAUUGAAAAUGCCCAUUUCCACCAUCAGGACAAUAAGAAGUUCCAGUCAACUGGAAAUGUUCUGAAUCAACCUGGAAUUGGACAUGUGUCUAUAUUGUCUCAACGCACUGUGAAGAGGAUGGUUCGAGUGGCCAAAAAAUCUCCAAGGAUCACAGCUGGAGAAUUGCAGAAGUUAGUUGCAUCUUGGGGUCAGAAAGUCUCCAAAACUACAAUCCAAAGUCACCUACAUCACCACAAGUUGUUUGGAAGGGUUUCAAGAAACAAGUAUCUGCAUUUUCAGUUUGCCAGAUACUACUGGAACUACUUAAAUGGGAUCAGGUUCUAUGGUCUAUAAAACCAAAAUAGAGCUUUUAUCUUGGCUCAGAGCUGUUAUGUUGGCAAAGGGAGGUAGCACAAAAUAUUGACUAAAUGGGUGCCAAUAAUUGUUGUAUACCUAUAUUUUGGAUAAACCGUUGUUGUGUUUGCAAUCAUUUCAUAUUCAUGAUAGCAGAGUACUUUUGUGAAUUUUUUGA